AUGCUGGGCCGACUGCAAAAGAAAUAUGCUGAUAAACCAGUUCGCUUUCUGCUCUUCCCCUGCAACCAAUUCGGAUCCCAAGAGCCGGGAACCAACGCAGAGGUGAGGCGUUUUGCGGAGCAGUACGUGAACUUGGGCAAGGGAAGCAAUGUCAUCAUGUUCGCGAAGUCAAACCUAAACGGUGUGACAUGCGAGUACUCCGGGGGAGACUCGUGCACGGCUUCAUCGAAUGAGUGCUGCAGUCGCAACGACGCAGUGUACAAGUAUUUGCUCGCCAAGACUCCCCCGAGCACGAUCCAGUGGAAUUUUGAUAAGAUCAUUCUAGACACUGAUGGCCUGCCAUUCUCGGGUGAGACCAUCAUGCAGCUCGGUGCAUCGCUUCCCUGCAUGCAUUGCCAGACUUUGUUUCACCUCUUUGGCUUUUUUCCGUCGUGGGUUUCCGUCAUGUUCCCUUUUGAUCAGCCAAAGGGUAAUUUUUCCGGGUUCAAGUCUGGCAGGGCAUGUAGACCACUUCGGUCCCAAUUCAUUUGUUGCAGUUAUGAUGGGCGCUGA